CUUCGCGAGAACGUCGCCAUGACAGAUUAGAAUGCGUCAAAGCAAGCAUCGGCUUUUCUUCCCUGGCGACAAGCGAUUGAUAUCCUCCAGUUGGCCAUAAUCUGCCAUUUUACCAGAGGAGCACGAGGCACCCUACACGUAAGAAGCGGCCCGUGGACAGUCCCACGUACGCCGUCGUAUCCGCUUAGGGAACCUUGGAUGCGGAAUUCUUGCAGAGCGAUUUUCGGGCGGACCGUUCACUCGUCUGGACGGCGAAGCAAUGAACUCAGUCAGGGUCGGCCAGGCCAUUUUCCUCGUCGGAGGGACGAUAGCAUUGUACGUCUUACUGCGCAGGCUCGCGCAUUCUCGGUCGGCUUCGUCCACCCCGGCGCGAUACGGUUCUAGGCAUGAAGGCCGCCUCUCUGACAGCCCACCACAAUCUCCGCAACGAACAAAGGGCGUCACGCUCUGUCAAGUCUACCCUCCUCCCGACAGCGGUACCAAAACAGAUGUUGACAUUAUUGCCAUCCAUGGUCUUGAUACGAAGUCGCCGGACACGUGGUUAUGGAAACCCAAAGAGGAAUCCCAUAAGCAGAAGGUCGUUCCAUCCUUCAUCUGUCCGCGGUGCAAGCAAGACAUGGGCACAAAGGAGGCUCUUGAGACCCAUCUGGCAGUGGACAAGGACCGAAUUUGCAAUUUUGAGGAGCUCCCCUUCAGCACCUCCAGCGCGAAUCUAGAAGAGGGCAAAAAGGCGCCCGUCAACUGGCUCAAAGACUCGCACAUGCUUCCCAGGCGGUGUCCGACGGCGCGGAUCUUCACCUGCGACUGGCCGGCCGACCUACUCGAACAACCAGACUUCAUCCAAAAAACAAUCGAAGAGUUUGCUCGGCUCCUGCUCGCCGGCAUCGAAAGUCGUCCUCCCGUACCAAAUGACUCCCUUGGAAAGGACGACCGGCCGAUUGUUUUCAUUGCAUCCUGCCUCGGAGGUAUCAUCUUGAUGAAAGCGCUCGUGAUGGCUAGCCACGAGUAUCUUUCGGUGAAACGAGCAACACGUGGCAUCGUCUUUCUCGCCACGCCGUUCCGGGGUACGUCAUUCCAAGACGUGGCCAAGUGGGCUGAGCCGGGUCUGAGGGCCUGGGCUUCAGUUCGAGACAAGAACGUGUCCGGCAACCUGCUCAAGCAGGUGAAGUCGACUUUCGAGCUGGGAGAACUCGUGCGCAAUUUCACUACUCUCUGUCGAGAAAACAAUCUUAUCGACCAUGUGUUCGCCUUCUACGAGACUCAGACGUCAAGUCUUCUACAAAAAGUAGUUCCCUGGCUCCCUGACUCUUUGUCCCGAAAACAACUGUUGGUUGAUCAGCUCUCUGCAACACUGGACUUUGUUCCACAUCCCCUGCCUCUUGAACGACGACAUGUUCUGAUGAACAAGUUUUGCGACCCUGAUUGUGCAGAUUAUAAGAAAGUUUCUGGAAAGAUCGAAGACCUUCUCAGAAAAAUUCGCGAGGGAACGCCGCUUGCGCAGGCCGACAUCUGGAUCCGCGACAAACACUAUACUGAGGAUAAGCUCAAGGUAGAGCGACUAUCGGGCGAGGCGAUAUCGAUGGAUCACUGCUACAUCAAUCUUGCCAUCAUAGAGCAGCCCGACAAAACAUGGAACCGCCCAGAGCCAAGAUCAGAGGCGGAUUCAGCAACUCAGUCCUCCCCGUUUUCACGUUCCGCCAGGCUGAGGGUUGAGACACCGGACGAGAACAUCCAGGUCGAGUUGCCGUCACUCUUCAAUCCACGCAAAAGAGGCGAUGAUGUGGUGCAACCCAGGCGGAUCUUGAUUCGAGGACGUGCCGGCGUGGGGAAGACUACCUUAUGCAAGAAGAUUGUCUAUGAAUUCAUCCGUCGCACAUGGAGUCAAUGGAACGAGUUGUUCGACCGCGUACUUUGGGUGCCUCUGCGGCAUCUGAAGCUUGACGAAAGACGCCAGAUGGCCGGAUACAGCUUUCUCGACCUUUUCAGGCAUGAAUAUUUUUCUUUGCCGAACCAGAGACCGGACCUCGCUGAGGCAUUGUCGAAUACAUUGGACGAGACCAAGAGUCGUCGAACUCUGUUCAUCCUCGACGGCCUGGACGAAAUAUCCCAGGACUUGAGCGACGGAAGCGACAUGUUCCGCUUCCUCAAGGAGCUGUUGGAUCAGCCAAACGUCAUUAUCAUGUCCCGACCAUCUGGUACAUUACCAACUGGCCUACGUGGUAUCGACAUCGAACUGGAGACGAUUGGGUUUUACCCAGACCAAAUUAGCGAGUAUCUCGAACGGAUUGUUCCGGAAAAGGCCAACGAGAUUCAUUCUUUCCUUCAGGGGCAUGUGCUCCUUCUGGAUCUUGUGCGAAUACCGGUUCAGUUGGACGCGCUAUGCUUCAUUUGGGAUGAAAGACUCGAUUCCGGCAUAGAGCUGGAUACCAUGACCGCCAUUUACCGAGCUAUCGAGCAUACCUUGUGGAAGAAAGAUAUUGUGCAAUUGGAAAAAACAGAUGGGGGGGAGCCCGUGACUAAAUUCCUAAUACAUCGUUCCGAUCGGCAUGAGAUUGAGAAACUCGCCGAGGAUGAGAUCUGUUUCCUGGAAGGUCUUGCCUUUACUGGACUGUAUAACGAUGUGAUAGACUUCGAGUCGAGACACCGAAACGAUAUAACCACACUUCUCAAACCCCCUUUCUUACUCGACAAAAUACUCCCACGCCUCUCUUUCCUCAGGACAUCAGAUCCCUUGUCGAAAUACCACAAUCGAUCUUACCACUUCUUGCACUUGACCUACCAAGAAUAUUUUGCGGCGCGGUAUUUCGUCCGGCAAUGGAAACUUGAAAGCCCGGUCAAAUGUCUGACUCUCAGUGGUGGUCAGAUUGAGAACAUGAAACCUAUCAGGUUUCUUCAAAAGCACAAAUACGAUCCUCGCUACGAUAUCUUCUGGCGCUUUGUUGCUGGCUUGCUUGAUGAUGACGGGGAGGCACUCGGCUUCUUCCAGGCGAUUGAGGCAGAACCGCGCGACCUCCUGGGUCCUACGCAUCAGCGCCUGGUCAUGCAUUGCCUAAGCGAAAUCCAGCGGAAGGAGUCGACUUUCAGGGACCUUCGAGCGAAGCUAGAAAAACAAUUGGAACAGUGGCUGUUGUUCGAAUGCGGCUUCACGCAAAACUCCUGGUUAACCCGUGAAAUGGAGUGUCCAGAGCUGGUUCUGGCCAAUGCAUUGGAACGAGCGUCUGAAGAUGCAAGACUGAUUCUCCUGAAAUCGCUGUCCACACGGACAACAGUGCCAUCCAGUGUCAUAGACCUCACGUCUCUCUGGCUGAAUGACUGUAUCUCUGGUCGCCUAUGUAUUGCUAUCUUGCGUAUCUUGAGACAACAGCAAAAGGAGUUGCCGGACACCAUACUGCAAAGCAUUGCAACACGGCUUGAGGAUGACGACGGGUAUGUCCGAGAGGCAGCAAUCAAGGCGCUUCAAGGCCGGGCCGAUUGCAAGCAGGGAAUUCAACUCAGCGAUGACAUUCGGGAAAUCCGGAACAACUUAGGCAACUAUCCCUUCUCUUAACUCUUAGCAUAUAGUAUAAUAUGUCGGUAGAAUAUUGAUUGGACUGUGCUCUUUUCUCCCACC